CCAGCUGGCUGGGCUAGUUCCCGGCAUAUUUUUGACCACGCCUUUCUUAUGUAACUUUGUUUGUCUGUCUGGGGUUUCUGAAAACACACACACACACCAUUCUUACCAGCUGCUCGUGUUCCGUCCAGUGAAGUAUUAGGGUUGAUUUCCACCCAGCCCCCAGCGGUGGGACAUUGAGGCGGUUUCGAUUUCUCCUUAACGUGAGCUGUGCUGUGUCAUCAAGGUCCUUUCCCGUUUGUCUCUGUGCCUCUGUUCCUUGCGUAAUGUUUGCGCGGCGGGAAUCCUGCUUCCCUGUGAGCCCGGCCCCUUGCCACCCACUGCCUUGCUGACCUACCUUGGUCCAUUUUAGAGGUUGGGUUUUUUGUGGGAGCGGGGGCCCCCGAGUCAUGUCCAUCUUCCUCUCCCCAGGCUCUGAAGAGCGGCCGUUGCUCAGAUUCCAAAAUGAAAACAUCUCCAACUACACGGCCCUUCUGCUGAGCAGGGAUGGGGGGACCCUGUACGUGGGGGCCCGAGAGGCACUCUUCGCGCUCAACAGCACCGCCAGCUUCCUGCCGGGAGGGGAGUACCAGGAGCUGCUGUGGAGCGCAGAUGCCGAGAGGAAGUACCAGUGCAGCUUCAAGGGCAAGGACCCACAGCGAGACUGUCAAAACUACAUCAAGAUCCUCCUGCCGUUCAACAGCACCCACCUGUUCACCUGCGGCACCGGGGCCUUCAGCCCUGUGUGCACCUACAUUAGUGUGGAAAACUUCACGCUGGCACGGGACCCGGCGGGGAACGUCCUCCUGGAAGAUGGCAAGGGUCGUUGUCCCUUUGACCCCAAUUUCAAGUCCACGGCCCUCAUGGUUGAUGGCGAACUCUACACUGGGACAGUCAGCAAUUUCCAGGGGAAUGACCCGGUCAUCUCCCGGAGCCAAAGCCGCCGCGUCACCAAGACCGAGAGCUCCCUCAACUGGCUCCAAGACCCAGCGUUUGUGGCCUCGGCCCACAUCCCCGAGAGCCUGGGCAGCCUCGACGGGGGCGAUGACAAGAUCUACUUCUUCUUUAGCGAGACCGGCCAGGAGUUUGACUUCUUUGAGAACACGGUUGUGUCCCGCAUCGCCCGCGUCUGCAAGGGCGACGAGGGUGGAGGGCGGAUCCUGCAGCAGCGCUGGACGUCCUUCCUGAAGGCCCAGCUGCUGUGCCUGCGGCCCGACGACGGCUUCCCGUUCAACGUGCUGCAGGACGUCUUCACGCUGAGCCCCAGCCCCCAGGACUGGCAGGACACCCUCUUCUAUGGGGUCUUCACAUCCCAGUGGCACAGGGGGACCACAGAGGGCUCUGCCGUCUGUGUCUUCUCCAUGAAGGACGUGCAGAGGGUCUUUGAUGGCUUCUACAAGGAGGUGAACCGGGAGACGUUGCAGUGGCACACGGUGUCCUACCAGGUGCCCACGCCCAGGCCCGGCUCGUGCAUCACCAACAGCACCCGGCAGAGGAAGAUAAACUCCUCCCUGCAGCUCCCGGACCGUGUGCUCAACUUCCUCAAGGACCACUUUCUGAUGGACGGGCAGGUCCGAGGCCGCAUGCUGCUCCUGCAGCCCCGGGCCGGCUACCAGCGCGUGGCCGUCCACCGCGUCAGGGGCCUGAACCGCACCUAUGACAUUCUCUUCCUGGGCACCAGUGAUGGCCGGCUGCACAAGGCGGUGGACGUGGGCCCCACGGUGCACAUCGUCGAGGAGGUGCAGGUCUUCCCGCCCGGACAGCCGGUGCAGAACCUGCUCCUGGACCCCAACGGGGGCCUGCUGUAUGUUGCCUCCCACUUGGGAGUAGUCCAGGUGCCCGUGGCCAACUGUGACCUCUACCGGAGCUGUGGGGACUGCCUCCUGGCCCGGGACCCCUACUGCGCCUGGAGCGGCUCCAGGUGCCUUCACGUGAGCCUCUAUCACCCUGAGGUGGCCUCCAGGCCAUGGGUCCAGAACAUCGAGGGGGCUAACACCAAGGACCUCUGCAACACGUCCGCGGCCAAAUCCCGGGUUGCUGUGCCAGCAGGCGAGAAGCCAUGCGAGCAGGUCCUGCUCCAGCCCAAUACGGUGAACACCUUGGCCUGCCCCCUGCUCUCCAACCUGGCGACCCGGAUCUGGCAGAGCAACGGGGUCCCUGUCAAUGGCUCGGCUUCCUUCAGGGUGCUGCCCAGUGGGGACCUGCUGCUGGUGGGCAGCCAGCAGGAGCUGGGGGUGUUGCAGUGCUGGUCACUAGAGGAGGACUUCCAGCAGCUGGUGGCCAGCUACUGCCCAAAGGUGGAGGGCACGGUGGUAGACCGGAGGGGGAAAGCGCCUGUCAUCAUCAACACGUCGCGGGUGAGCGCGCCAGCCCACGGCAAGGCCAGCUGGGGCGCGGACAAGUCCUACUGGACCGAGUUCCUGGUGAUGAGCGUGCUGUUCGUGGUGGUCAGCGUGCUCCUGAUUUUAUUUUUCCUCUACGGACACCAGAAGGGACUGAAAAUCUUCCUGAAGCAGGGGGAGUGUGCCAGCGUGCACCCCAAGACCCACCCCGUGGUGCUGCCCCCCGAGACCCGGCCUCUCAACGGCGUAGGUCCCCCGAGCACGGCACUCGACCACCGAGGCUACCAGGCCCUGUCGGAUAACUCCCCGGGGCCCCAGGUCUUCACCGAGUCCGAGAAGAGGCCACUCAGCAUCCACGACAGUUUCGUGGAGGUGUCCCCCGUGUGCCCCCGGCCCCGGGUGCGCCUGGGCUCUGAGAUCAGGGACUCGGUGGUGUGACAGCUGACUUCUGGAGGAGGCCACCCUGGCUUCGGGCGGCCGUGAAUGCUCAGAGGGGGCCGGCUGGACUCUGCUGUUUGUGGCAGGCGGUGCCCAGCCCUCGGGAGCGGUGGGGCCAGCAGGCCGGGUGCUCUUCAAAUAGUGAGGCAGCUCCGACCCCGCAGCCGUGGCACCGGAGGAACCGGCUGAAGAUGGGUGUCUGCCUACGUGGGCGGAACAGCGCUCCUUAUGGAAACUGAGCCUUUUGUUUAAAAAUCACCGCUGAGAAUGUGAAGUGAGGAGAGACAAUGCAGUGCCACCUUACUGGACGGCUCUGGUUCCCAGCCCCCAGCCUCGUGGUCUGGCGGGGGGCUCUGGAAACCCACCACUCACCGUGGUGGUUGGAGACAGAGCUGGGAAUCUCUGACUAGCUGGAAUCUCUGCCUUAUGCCAGUGCCAGGGGCCAGCUCAGGCUCUGUGGGACCUGCCCGGCCAGCUGGCGGAGUUGUUACGGCCAUCGCCCCGACGCCUCAGGGACCGGAGAGCUAGCUGGCUAUGGCCCUCACGGGGCCCUGGGCUCGAGCCACCUCUGGACCUUUCCGGCCUGUAUCAGGCUAUGGCCACUGGACAGCAGGCAGGCAGUGUGCGCUCAGGAGAGUUUAUGUCGACAUUGGCCUUUCCCUUGGAUUCUAGAAGAGGCUGCUGUUGCUUCCUUCCCUCCGCCCAGGCUGGAAACCCGUGUCCCUGUUCUUUCAUCCACCCAGUCCCCCUGCACCCCCACACCUGACCUGCCUCUGAUCCAAGGGACUGACACUGCCCAGCACAAGGGCUUGAAUUUAUAUGUGUUUUAUAUAUUUUUUAAAAUGCACUUUAUAUUGUCCUUUUUUUAAAUAAAAUCGAAAGAACUGAAA